CAAACACUGAAAUAUGUCAGCUUCCGGCACUAAAAUGUGGACUUUCACUUUGGCUUUCAUCCUGACAUUUUCCCUGCCUUUUACACUUUCCAUUGAAGUGAAAGAACCACCAACAAUAGGUAUUGUCGGAGGGGGGAUUGGAGGAACUUCUACAGCCUAUUUCCUCAGACAGUUGUUUGGCAAUGAUGCUAAGAUUGACAUUUUUGAAAAGAGGCACAUAGGAGGAAGGUUAGCUACACUCACCAUGGGUGACCACCAGUUUGAAGCCAGGGGAACUCUUAUUCAUCCCAAAAAUAUGUAUAUGGUCAAUUUUACCAGGUUACUAGGUCUGGAGCAGUUACAGGUUGGUGGGGGAACUUUUGGGAUUUUUGAUGGGAGCUCUAUGAGGGUCACAAGUAGUAAAUACAGCCUAGUCACGAUGGCUAAGCUCUUCUGGAGAUAUGGCAUGGACAUUUAUAAUAUUGACUCCUGGAUCAAUGAGAAACUCCUAAGUAAAUUCAUGAGAAUCUAUGACAUUCAGAGAGCUGGCCAUGCCUACACAACUGUUCCUGAUCUGAUUGGAGCCAUGGAUCCAGCCUUUGUCUCGUACAUGAAGAAGUCCAUCAAAUUUGUAAUGAAAACUGCAGGUUUUGGUGAUAAAUUUAUAGAUGAAAUGGUCAUGGCUGCCUUAAGAACAAACUAUGGUCAAAAUACAGAAGUGCCUGGCUUUGUAGGAGCUGUAUGUUUGGCUGGGGUACAACCCGGACUCUGGGCCGUCAAGGGAGGCAACAAACAGGUGCCCCAGAAAUUAGUUGCAGAGGCUAAGGCUCAGGUCCUUCAGGGGACCGUAAUGUCAGUCCAACUUCUGCAGUACCAGGACAAAACUUAUAGAGUGGAGUACGUUGAUGCUGAAAAGAAAGAACGACAUAAAGAUUAUGAUAUUGUUAUCAUUGCCACGCCUUUACAUGAUGAAAUGUCGGAAAUUGACUUUGAAGAUUUCCCAAGUCCUAUUGAAAAUUUUCCUCAGAAAUUUCAUAAACUCACUGCUACCUUUGUAGAAGGAACACCAAACUCUAAUUAUUAUGGCAUUGACAAUGCCGAGGAGGUACCCAUAGAAAUUUUAACCUGUAACGACACAAUUCUACUCAAUUCUCAGGGUAAAAAAGAAGACGUUCUUGGUAACCCAGCAAAUGUUUACAAAGUUUUCUCUAAUAUACCACCAAGUGAGGAGAAUAUAAAACAAAUGUUUACCAGUAAAAAAGACAUCAGAAUGUUCUCUAUGAUGGCCUACCCGGAAUACUCCACAGUCGGGGAAGAGUUACCUCCCUUCGUGCUCCAUGAUUCACUCUAUUAUUUAAAUGGUAUAGAAUUGGCAGCUUCUGCCAUGGAAAUGAGUUCUAUAGCAGGUAAAAAUGUGGCUCUGUUGGCCUACAAUCACUGGCAUGGAAAUCUGGAUAAGAUUGAUGAACCUUAUUUAGAUCCAGUCUCAGAAAAAGAUAAAACGGAGCUGUAAAGAGUGCAAUAAUUAGGAAUAUCUUGUGUGUUAUACAUACAAACAAAUAAUUGUUAAAUAGAAGUAAUGUAGAAAUAAGAAUAUUCCAGUUUCAGAAACUCUGCUAUCCCUCUAAUUUUGUACUUAUGUAAUUAUUUUGUGCUCAGUUCAGUAUGAAUUUUUUUUCUCUAGUAGAAAGCACUUAGAGACUAAAACCUUGUGUUAGAAUUUUAUUUAAUUGUGUCAGUUCAUGUACAUUAUAUAAAUCAUAUACUAAUCUUAUUGAACAAUUGGGGAUAUUUAAUCAUUUGGGGCUUGUUAGUCAUUUUUUAAGGUACAGUAGUCAGUAGUUUAUUAAUCACCAUUUCCUAAUAUUCAUGUUCAGUUUUAUCUUUACAUUGAAUGGGUAUAUAUAGAUCUACCCAGCAGAAAUAUAUAACAAUUUGGCACACAUCACAUUAUUUGCCGUUUCUUUCUCAGGAACAUUCCAUUAAAUCUAGAGAGUGCACCAAGUCUUAAAAAUACAUUUCAUGAAAUACACCUAGUCAAUGUUUUAACAUAUUAUUUAUGCAUGCAUCACCAUUUUUUUUGUCUUUUUUUGAAGUACAGGUAUAAUGUAUCAGGCCAUUAUCUUCAGGAGGUAUAUUAUCUAGUCGUGAUAGAUACUGGUAUGAAGUACAUAUAUUGUUAACAACAAAAAAAAGUCAUUACAGGAUCAAAUGUCUCUAGGUUACAUAAUGCUACAAGGUGUGAUGUCAUCUGUAAUUUGCUUAAUAUCUUCUUGUACAUUGAA